AUGGCUGAAGACCGUAACCAAAGACCGCUUAAAGAGUUUGCUAAACCAUCUAAUGAGGAGCCCAGUUCUAGUAUCGUAAACCCCGCUAUAACAAUCAACAAUUUCGAACUCAAGCCCUCAUUACUUCAGCUGGUUCAACAAAACCAAUUCGCUGGUCUCGCUACAGAGAACCCGAAUCAACACCUAAAAGUGUUUAUCCAGUUAGCUGACACCCUAAAGACAAAUGGAGCCACACCUGAAGCCAUCCGCUUAAGAUUGUUUCCUUUCUCCCUUAGAGGUAAAGCCCAUGACUGGUUAGAUGCCCUUCCAGCCAACUCAAUAACAACUUGGGAAGACCUUAGGAGAGCCUUUCUUGCCAGAUAUUUCCCACCUAGUAAGACCGUUGUCCUUAGGAACCUGAUCACUAGUUUCACUCAAAACCAAGGCGAAUCACUUUUUGAUGCCUGGGAAAGAUAUAAAGAACUUUUGAGAGCCUGUCCGCACCAUGGCCUAGAGAAAUGGUUAAUCAUACACACCUUUUAUAAUGGACUCCAUUACAACACGAAAAUGUCUAUUGACGCUGCCGCUGGCGGAGUGUUAAUGAACAAACCAUAUCCCGAUGCUUGUGCCCUGAUAGAGGACAUGGCCCAAAACCAUGCCCAAUGGGGGAUAGAACGAGCGACGGUAGAGAAAAAGGAGAGCCAUGGAGGAAAGCAUGAGAUAAGUUGCAUGGACAUAAUGAAUGCUAAGAUGGACGCUCUGGCCUUGAAAUUCGAAAACAUGUCUCAAAACCCUACCACAGUGGCAGCAAUCCAAUCGGAGUGCGAGCUUUGUGGAACUCAAGGACAUCAAACCAUUGACUGUAACCUUUUGAACGAUUCUAGUUCAGACCCAAGAACAACAAAUUCUAUCACCGUAAGAAGUGGAACCGCUUAUGAAGGACCUAAAAAUCCUAACCUAAGGACACCGGAAAAACCCAAGGAAGAUGCUGAACCUAAUGACCAGGUAGAGGAACUAGAGAAACCCGAAAAGCAAUCAAAACCAGAGGUAGAGAAUCACACACCACAACCUUACAAGCCACCCAUUCCAUUUCCACAAAGGUUUAAAAACACCAAAACAGAAAACCAUUUCCAAAAGUUCAUUAAGGUAAUAGUGAAACUCCACAUGGAAAUCCCUUUUACUGAAACAAUAACCCAGAUACCAUCAUAUGCUAUGUUCUUGAAGGAUAUUUUGUCCAACAAACGACGACUCGACGAUCCCAAACCUUUAGAAUGUCAUUCCAUAUCCGAGAAUAAACUUGCCAAGAAAGAUAAAGAUCCUGGAAGUUUUUCUAUCCCUUGCGUCCUAGGAAAUCAUAUGAUAGACAAAGCAUUUUUGGACCUAGGAGCAAGCGUAAGUCUGAUGUCGUUGGCUAUCUGUAAGAGGUUAAAACUAGGAGAGCUUCAACCUACUAAGAUGUCAUUACAACUAGCCGAUAGAUCCGUUAAAUACCCCAUGGGUAUUUUGGAAGACAAACCUGUCAAGAUUGGUCAGUUAUACAUUCCGACCGAAUUCGUAGUUAUGGAUAUCAAAGAAGAUGAUGACAUCCCAAUCCUCAUAGGUAGACCAUUCCUAUCAACCGCUGGAACUAUAAUAGAUGUUAAGAAAGGGAAGCUGACUUUUGAGGUAGGAGAUGAAAAGAUCGAGUUCAUUCCAUCAAAAUUUCUAAUGGCACCAGUGAUAGGAGAUGCGUAUUAUGCCAUCGACGUCAUUGAUGAGUGUGUAAAUGAGCUCAACGAUUCCUUAAUCAAAUUACCUUCUACCCCCAUUUUAGAGGACGAUGGAUUUAAGAGUAUGGAACCUUACAUUGACGACAACCUUUUUGAAUGCUUAGCACUUACCCCAGACCCUAUACCGUGCACCAAGAAACCUACCAUAGAACUUAAGGAAUUACCCAAGAAUCUAAUAUACGAGUUUUUGGAUGAGGAGAUGAAUCGACCUGUCAUAAUAAGCGCCACUCUAAACCAAAUCGAAACAAACUAA